CCCUUGGAAGGUCCGUCUCUCUCUUUCGGCUGCGAGCCGAGCCGAGAAGAGAAGAUGCUGAAGUUCAAGUGCAGCGCCCGAAAUCCGGUGGAGGCGGGACCGGCGGAGCCCAUCGGCAGCCGGGCUUCUCGGUUAAAUCUGCUCUUUCAGGGGAAGCCACUCUUUGUGACUCAACAGCAGAUGUCUCCUCUCUCCCGGGAAGGCAUCCUUGAUUCUUUAUUCGUUCUUUUUGAAGAAUGCAGAAACCCUGCUUUAAUGAAAAUUAAACACGUUGGCAACUUUGUUAAGAAGUAUGGAGAGAUUAUAGCUGAACUAAGGGAACUGCAACCCAGCGUGAAGGAUUUUGAAGUUAAGAGUAUUGUUGGCUGUGGUCACUUCGCAGAUGUAAAAGUAGUAAGAGAGAAAGUUACUGGUGAUGUGUAUGCUAUGAAGGUGAUGAGCAAGGAGUCCUUGUUGGCGCAGGAGCACGUAUCAUUUUUUGAGGAAGAACGCAGUAUAUUAUCUCAGAGCACCAGUCCAUGGAUUCCACAGUUACAAUAUGCAUUUCAAGACAAGAAAAAUCUCUACUUGGUUAUGGAGUAUCAGCCUGGAGGGGACCUGCUGUCACUCUUAAAUCGAUAUGAGGACCAGCUAGAUGAGAGCAUGGUGCAGUUUUACCUUGCAGAGUUGGUUUUAGCCAUUCACAGCAUCCAUCAGAUGGGUUACGUACACCGAGAUAUCAAACCAGAGAAUGUUCUGAUUGACCGAACAGGACACAUUAAACUGGUGGACUUCGGGUCAGCUGCCAAAAUGACAGUAAACAAAACGGUAAAUGCCAAGCUACCUGUUGGCACACCUGACUACAUGGCACCAGAAAUGCUAACGGGGUUGAACGGGGAUGGGAAAGCUUCUUAUGGUCCAGAAUGUGACUGGUGGUCCCUCGGAGUCAUUGCGUAUGAAAUGAUUUAUGGAAGAACUCCGUUUGCUGAGGGGACUUCAGCAAAAACUUUGAAUAACAUCAUGAACUUUCAGAGAUUUCUGAAGUUCCCAGAGGAUAUGAAAGUUAGUAGUGAAUUUCUCGAUCUGAUCCAGAGCCUGCUUUGUGGGCAGAAGGAAAGGCUGGGUUACGAGGGACUCUGCUGCCAUCCAUUUUUUUCUAAAAUUGACUGGAAUAAUAUCCGUAACUCUCCUCCCCCCUUCGUUCCUACUCUCAAAUCUGAUGAUGACACCUCAAAUUUUGAUGAACCAGAGAAGAAUUCCCGGGUUUUAUCCUCUACGCGCCAGUUGAACCCAGCAGGCUUCUCUGGUGAAGAUUUGCCGUUUGUGGGGUUUUCAUUCAUCAAGGCAUUAGGGAUCCUCAGAUCAGAAUCUGUUUUUUCAAGUGUGGAUUCUCCAGCCAAGGUCAGCUCUAUGGAAAAGAAACUUCUUAUCAAGAGCAAAGAACUCCAAGACGCCCAGGACAAGUGUCACAAGAUGGAGCAGGAAAUGACGCGGUUGCACCGGAGAGUAUCAGAGGUGGAGGCUGUACUUAGCCAAAAGGAGGUGGAACUGAAAGCCUCUGAGACCCAGCGAUCCCUCCUGGAGCAGGACCUGGCCACCUAUAUCACAGAAUGCAGUAGCUUAAAGCGAAGCCUGGAGCAGGCACGGAUGGAGGUGUCUCAGGAAGAUGAUAAGGCACUACAGCUACUUCAUGAUAUCAGAGAGCAAAGCCGAAAACUGCAAGAGAUCAAAGAACAGGAAUAUCAAGCUCAAGUAGAAGAGAUGAGGUUGAUGAUGAACCAGUUAGAAGAAGAUCUUAUUUCAGCUCGCAGGCGCAGCGAUCUUUAUGAAUCAGAGUUGAGAGAGUCCAGACUGGCAGCUGAAGAGUUCAAACGUAAAGCAACUGAAUGUCACAACAAGUUGCAAAAGUUACAGGUUAAAGAUCAAGGAAAAAGUGAAGCAGGAGAGUUGUAUUGCAAAUUGGAGAAGAUCAAUACAGAGCAGCAGGCCAAAAUCCAGGAGCUGCAGGAAAAGCUGACAAAGGCUGUGAAAGCUAGCUCAGAGGCAACUGAACUUCUUCAGAAUAUCCGUCAAGCAAAGGAGAGAGCUGAGAAGGAGUUAGAGAAACUGCAAAAUCGGGAAGAUUCUAAUGAAAGCAUGAAGAAGAAAUUGCUUGAAGCGGAGGAACGGCGCCAUUCUCUGGAGAAUCAGGUGAAGAGAUUAGAGACUGUGGAACGAAGAGAAAACCGUCUAAAGGAAGAUAUCCAAACUAAAUCUCAACAGAUUCAACAGAUGGCAGAAAAAAUUCUGGAACUGGAAGAAAAGCAUCGUGAGGCUCAGAUCGCAGCACAACAUCUGGAGUUGCAGCUGAAACAGAAGGAACAAUUCUAUGAGGAAAAGCUCAAAGUGUUGGAAAAUCAGAUGAAGAAAGAUCUUGCAGAUAAGGAAGCACUUGAGAAUAUGCUCAGAAGACAUGAAGAAGAAGCACACGAGAAAUGUAAAGUCCUGGCUGAACAGAAGGCGAUGAUCAAUGCAAUGGAUUCGAAGAUUAGGUCACUGGAGCAGAGGAUAGUGGAAUUGUCUGAGGCCAAUAAACUGGCAGCAAAUAGCAGCCUUUUUACCCAGAGGAACAUGAAAGCCCAGGAGGAGAUGAUUUCAGAACUCAGGCAACAGAAGUUCUACUUGGAAACACAAGCUGGAAAGUUAGAGGCCCAGAAUCGAAAAUUAGAAGAACAAUUGGAAAAGAUGAGUCACCAAGAUCACACUGACAAGAACCGCCUGCUGGAGUUGGAGACUAGGCUGCGAGAGGUUAGCCUAGAACAUGAAGAACAAAAGCUGGAGCUCAAAAGGCAGUUGACAGAAUUGCAGCUGACGCUCCAGGAGCGGGAAUCUCAAAUUACCGGGCUGCAAGCUGCACGGACGGCCCUGGAGAAUCAGCUCCGUGAAGCCAAAACUGAACUGGAGGAGACUACAGCUGAGGCAGAGGAAGAGAUUCAAGCUCUCACGGCACAUAGAGAUGAAAUCCAGCGUAAAUUUGAAGCCCUUCGUAAUAGCUGCACAGUUAUUACGGAUUUGGAAGAGCAGCUGAACCAGCUCAGUGAAGACAAUGCCGAACUGAACAAUCAGAAUUUCUUCCUGUCCAAACAACUUGACGAAGCCUCAGGAGCCAAUGAUGAGGUUGUCCAGUUGCGAAGUGAAGUUGACCAUCUCCGUCGGGAGAUCACAGAGAGAGAAAUGCAGCUCACCAGUCAGAAACAAACUAUGGAGGCCUUGAAGACAACAUGUACAAUGCUGGAAGAGCAAGUAAUGGACUUGGAGGCCCUGAAUGAUGAACUCUUGGAGAAAGAGCGUCAGUGGGAAGCAUGGAGAAAUGUUCUCGGAGAUGAGAAGUCCCAGUUUGAAUGUCGUGUCAGAGAGUUGCAGAGGAUGCUGGAUACUGAGAAGCAAAGCAGAGUGAGAGCAGAUCAGCGUAUUACUGAAUCUCGCCAGGUGGUAGAACUAGCUGUCAAAGAACACAAGGCAGAGAUUCUAGCCCUCCAGCAAGCACUAAAGGAACAAAAACUCAAAGCUGAGAGCCUUUCUGAUAAGCUCAAUGACCUGGAGAAGAAGCAUGCUAUGCUGGAGAUGAACGCACGCAGUUUACAACAGAAGCUUGAGACAGAAAGGGAGCUUAAGCAGAGGCUUCUGGAGGAGCAGGCAAAACUGCAGCAGCAAAUGGAUCUGCAAAAGAAUCACAUCUUCCGCCUAACUCAAGGUCUGCAAGAGGCUCUAGAUCGAGCAGAUCUUCUGAAGACUGAAAGAAGUGAUCUGGAAUAUCAGCUGGAAAACAUUCAGGUUCUCUAUUCCCAUGAAAAAGUGAAAAUGGAAGGCACUAUUUCUCAGCAAACCAAACUCAUUGAUUUCCUGCAGGCAAAGAUGGAUCAGCCAGCAAAAAAGAAAAAGGGCCUGUUUAGUCGGCGGAAAGAGGACCCUUCUUUACCCACACAGGUUCCCCUGCAAUACAAUGAGCUGAAAGUGGCACUGGAGAAGGAGAAGGCUCGUUCUGCUGAGCUGGAGGAGGCUCUACAGAAAACACGCAUUGAACUCAGAUCUGCUCGUGAAGAAGCUGCUCAUCGGAAAAUAUCAGACCACCCUCACCCGUCUACUCCAGCCACAGCCAGGCAGCAGAUCAUCAUGUCUGCCAUAGUCCGCUCACCCGAGCAUCAGCCUACGCCAAUCAGUUUGCUAGCUCCACCCUCCAGUCGCAGGAAGGAGUCUUCCACACCAGAGGAGUACAGCCGACGCCUGAAAGAGCGAAUGCAUCAUAAUAUCCCACAUCGUUUUAAUGUGGGGCUCAAUAUGAGAGCAACAAAAUGUGCGGUGUGUCUGGAUACUGUGCACUUUGGACGACAAGCAUCUAAAUGUCUUGAAUGCCAGGUGAUGUGUCAUCCAAAAUGCUCCACCUGCUUGCCAGCUACUUGUGGCCUGCCAGCAGAAUACGCCACUCACUUCUCGGAAGCGUUCUGCCGGGAUAAAAUGAAUUCUCCUGGCCUGCAGCUGAAGGAGCCAAGCAGCAGUCUGCGCCUUGAAGGAUGGAUGAAAGUGCCAAGGAAUAAUAAACGUGGGCAACAGGGCUGGGACAGGAAGUAUAUUGUCCUGGAGGGAACGAAAGUGCUCAUUUAUGAUGCAGAAGCAAGAGAAGCUGGACAGAGGCCUCUGGAGGAAUUUGAGCUCUGCCUUCCUGAUGGGGAUGUAACUGUUCAUGGAGCUGUAGGAGCUACUGAACUUACCAAUACAGCAAAGACAGAUGUGCCAUAUAUCCUAAAAUUGGAGUCUCAUCCACACACCACUUGCUGGCCUGGUAGAACACUCUACCUGUUAGCACCCAGCUUCCCUGACAAACAGCGCUGGGUCACAGCACUGGAAUCAGUAGUGGCAGGUGGGAGAGUUUCCAGAGAAAAAGCUGAGGCUGAUGCUAAAUUGCUUGGAAACUCCCUGCUGAAGCUAGAGGGUGAAGACCGUUUGGAUAUAAAUUGCACAAUGCCCUUCAGUGACCAGGUAGUACUGGUGGGUGCAGAAGAAGGUCUCUAUGCCCUGAAUGUACUGAAGAAUUCCUUAACGCACAUCCCAGGAAUGGGUGCUGUCUUCCAAAUUCACCUCAUCAAGGAUCUGGAGAAGCUACUCAUGAUAGCAGGAGAAGAAAGGGCUUUGUGCCUUGUUGAUGUAAAGAAAGUGAAGCAAUCUCUCGCCCAGUCUCACCUCCCUGCCCAGCCUGAUGUCUCACCAAAUGUCUUUGAGGCUGUCAAAGGAUGUCACCUCUUUGCUGCUGGCAAGGUUGAGAAUGGUCUUUGUAUCUGUGCAGCCAUGCCCAAUAAAGUGGUUGUUCUGCGAUACAACGAGAGCUUGAGCAAGUUCUGCAUCAGAAAGGAGAUCGAAACUUCUGAGCCUUGCAGCUGCAUCCAUUUGACCACUUACAGCAUCAUCAUUGGAACCAACAAGUUCUAUGAAAUCGAGAUGAAGCAGUACACGCUGGAGGAGUUUCUGGAUAAAAAUGACCACACUUUGGCCUCUGCUGUGUUCGCUGCUUCCACGAACAGUUUCCCAGUCAGUAUCAUCCAGGUGAACCCUGCGGGGCAGAGGGAGGAGUAUCUGCUGUGUUUCCAUGAGUUUGGUGUCUUUGUGGAUUCCUAUGGAAGACGCAGUAGAACAGAUGACUUGAAAUGGAAUCGCUUGCCCUUAGCUUUUGCCUACCGGGAGCCCUAUCUGUUUGUGACCCACUUCAAUUCCCUUGAAGUGAUUGAGAUUCAGGCGCGAGCUUCUCUCGGAACUCCUGCACGAGCCCACUUGGAGAUCCCAAAUCCACGGUAUCUAGGGCCUGCAAUUUCUUCUGGAGCGAUCUACUUGGCCUCCUCCUACCAAGACAAAUUAAGGGUGAUUUGCUGUAAGGGCAAUCUAGUGAAAGAGACCAACAAUGAGCAGCACCACAGAGGUUCCUCUGCUACGCGCAGCUGUUCGCGUCCAUUAUUUUUGAAUGACAGCAGCCCUAACAAGAGAGGUCCGCCCACAUACAACGAGCACAUAACCAAGCGGGUCGCGUCAAGCCCAGGACCACCGGAAGGUCCAAGCCACCCUCGAGAGCCAAGCACACCACAUCGGUACCGCGAGGGGAGGACAGAGCUGCGGAGGGACAAGUCACCUGGGCGACCGCUGGAGAGGGAGAAAUCUCCAGGCCGGCUUCUGAGCACCCGCAGGGAAAGGUCCCCUGGAAGACUGUUCGACGAGACCAGCCGAGGACGAAUGCCUGUGAGUGGUGCCAGAACUCCCCUUGCUCAAGUCAAUAAGGUCUGGGACCAGUCUUCAGUGUAAGUCUCAGCUAGAGAAAGUUACUCAUCUUGACCUGCAGGAAAAAAAAAGGAAAUACACUGAGUAUAUGCACUCCAUACGUCUGCUGCCCAGCUACCAGAACAGCAAUCCUGGGCCAAAGCUAGCUCCGCCUCCGGAGACGUGACGCUUUUGAAGAUUGUUCGCAUCUCAGUUAAUUUCUCUGCACUUUCCUGCACUCCUGUUUUUGCACUUUGUACUACUGUUACUCUCUCAAGCAGUUCAUGAACUUUUUGUAUUCACUUUAGUCCCUAGUGGUCCAUCAAGAAAGUCAAAUGGGGCUGAAGUCCCACCCCAGGUCUUUAGUGUGGUUAGCGCCCCUUACCAGAUACCUGAUCGUAGUUCUGAGACAUGCUGGGAAUUCCCGAUGGCUUGGAAACAGAAGGGCCAAGGUGAGCGAGUCUUUAAUAGAAGGUGUGAUUGGAUAUUCUCUACAGAACACAGAAAAAUUACUUCUGAUUAGUCUGUUCACCUGCCACUUCUGAAAGUUAUUUUGUUCUCACUACAAUUGCUCUAGAGCAGCUCUGAGGGGGAGGGAAGAACCCUGCUUUAAAUGGUCCCACCUGCCCGGCCCUGAGACAAAGUGCAUUACCUACGAGCUACUGGGGUGUAAGACUUUAUCCAGGUCUUCUGCAUGACAGUUCACUGCAUGCUGCUGCACCAUCACUGGCUGCUCUCUCCUUUUAGGUUGCUUUGCUGAGUAGUGUAUUGUACCUCACUUGUAAAUUAACUGAAACCUUUAGAUUACGCUGCAAAAUAACCGUUAAUUACUCUGGAAAAUUGGCAAUGAAGAGUUAACACGCCUUAUCUAUGGCAAGAAUUACAGUCAUGCGUGUGUUCUCCUCUCAGUGUUGAACAGGGUCUGUUCAGCCAGGCCAGCAUGGUCCUGAGCGAGAGGAGCAGCCGGGGCUCUGCCCGUGACCUGUAACUUGUCGUACAAUAAGAACCCAGUGUCGUGGCACAAGAGGAUACUCACAACGAACAGCUUUGGCGGUUAGUGAACACACCUUUGCCUCCAGCGCUUUAUUGCUUUCUAUUCUCUUUUGCUGUGAACAUGACACAGAGAGCAAAUGAUUUUCAAAGCAGGUUUUGACCAUUCAACCUGCAAUAGCAACUUUCUAAGUGAACAACCAUGUUCUUUACAACUGGAAAGAGCAAAACUGCAUCCAAUCUUCCCUUGGCCCCACUCUCAAACUUCCGCCAGCCCCUUGCAAGCCUGUGCUAACCUGUUCCACAACCCAUCCAAAUUCAAAUGCCUUGUCAGUGUCCUUUGGCGAGUUUCAUGAAUAUUGUACCCCGUUCUCUUGUCUGUUGGGUUACUGAGAUCAGAUGAUUUGGCAGGAAACUUGCUGAAAGCUUUUGUCUCCCAGUCUGAAUAUUUUGAAGGGUCACCGAGAUCAGUCUUUAAAUCUUUGCAUCUCAUGGAAGAUCUUUAAGACCUCAGAAAUGGGCUUGUUGAGUCCUGAAAGUGUAUUAUCUUGUGUCCUGUUUGUGAAAUGCUUCCUGCUAUAGAAAUAGCUCAAAGGACUGUACAUAUUUACAAGAAACUUUAUAUUCGUAACAAAAGGGAAUUGAAUUGGUUUCUACUUUUUUAUUGUAAACUGUGUGUUUUUCAACACUAGCUUUUUGUUUUAUGGUGGUUGUGGACAGCCAUCUUCAGACACUGAGGGGCCUCAGCUUAGUCCUCCCGCUCCCAUGAAGAACUAUUGUAACAUUAAAUUGCAGUUGAAGCUUGUUAGCAUAAACGAGGUUUUAGGUCUCUCAAAGUACAGGAUUUUUCUUCAUUACCUUUUUAUUAUUGACACAAGGGAGGGACCCAGAGGGACAGUUCAAUGCUCCACCUGGAAAGUACUGAACUUUGUUGUUAAACAAUAACCAAAUAAAACAAGUAACUAUCUUGACUGGCAUCAUGAAAUGAACGCUUCCUUCUCUCUAGAGUAACACUGAGCCACCCCCACCGCACCGAGCGUUUGAGGCGUCAGAGCUUACCAAAGAGCCCCCCCGACACCAUUUAGCAUUCGAACAGUCCAAGUAGCAUAAGUGGCUUCACCAAACAAAGCAUGUUGACAGGAGCUCAGACAUGUGGCUCCGUCCAAUAGUUUACUCUCGCAGCCACCUACCCCUAAAUCCUGCCCUCGCGCACCCUGACAGUGCGAUGGGCAGAGGGACCCAUGUGUGAGUAUCUGGGAAACCAAUCUCGCCCUGGUAAACGACCCACACAUCUUGAGCUGGAACGAAAAACAUCUUAACUACCACGAGUGUGAUCUAAUGACAGGUUUUGGGAUUCAUCCCAGCAGUGUACGGGUAGCAAAGCGGACAGAGACCGUUCCUCAUCCCACCUCGCUGUAAUAUGCUGGUGCUUUAAGGCCUAAUAGCUGCAACUUUAAACCCAACAUUCCCACAUCCAGUCAGAUUGAGUACAACCUGCAGCGUUACUGUACAUCUCAACUUACACCUGCUGGGAAAACUUGCUAGAUCAGACUUAAAUGUAAAUACAUCUAUUUUUAACUGAACCAGUUUUUACAGGGUCUGAAGUAUUCUUUCACAGGAAGAGGUUUUUAAUAUUCACACUGCUGCCUACAGUAACUUAAUUUGUCCUCCUACUGUUCAGUGUUUUUGGGUUUAUGCACAUAACCGCCCCCUUCCCCCAACGAAGGGCUUGUCGGAGGGCGCGGGGGUGGGUUACUAAUCGCGCCUCUUACAUUUUGGUCUACGUGACAUUCUUCAUGAAAAUGCUCUACAUAAAAAACAAGCUGCUUGAUUUAUCUAUUGUGCCUACUCUGAUGUAUAUGAUGAAAUGCUAACUUGUUAAAUGUUCCUUUAUUUCUAUUUUACUGUGCACAGAAAAUACUGAUUUAAAGCUCAUUGUUGCAGUCCUAUGAUGCAUGAUUAGAAUUGUAACAAAACUAAAAUAAUCCAGAAACUGGUGGAGUAAAAAAAAAUUAUUUAUUGAGCCUUUUGAUUCUCAAGAACCCUGCACAAGUGCCCUGUCAGCUGGACCCCCCACACUGUACUGAAAAUUAGGGGGCUGGGGAGGGCAGGGAGCUCUUUUCUUUCUGCCCUAGACACUCGGUUUACUUGAGGGUUCCCAGAAUGACUGUAACAAGAGUCUGCAUCUACCUUAAAACGACUCUCCUAGCAACAGCCAAGAAUAAACAGCACAGACCGUGGGAUGUGGGUGGGGAACGUAAGUGAGCUAAUAAAUCCAACUCUUGAUCCAGCUUUUGCCUUUGGAGGGAUUUGAUUCAUCCCCUUACAAUAAGGGAACACAGUGCAAUAAAUCUAAUUAAUUCACCUGGCAAGCAGCAAAAACCCUGGGAAAACAAAUAGAGAGGACCCCCCCCAACUCCACCCACAGCAACAAACCAACCCAUCCUCAGCCCUCCUGCAACUGUUCCUGCUGAUGGGAAAGGGGCGGGGGGGCUGUGGCUUACCUGGAGGAAGGAUGUGGCUCCGGGAGACACUGGUCGAGGCCACGGGUACCAGGGAAGACCCUGCUCUGUCGCUUCUUCAGCGCGACAGCUGUGCUCCCACACCCCAACAGGCAGAGGGGGGUGGAGGUGAUCCCAGGGUAACGACUGCCAAGGCUGCAGGCGGCGAGCCGGGCCGCUCGCUGGUCACAAACCUGGGCCCUCACCCCAGUUUAUGCGGCAAAUAAACAAAGCUUUUUGGGGCUGCAAAGGCUACUGCUGCAGUGCUCUUUACUGUACGAGAUACAGCUAUAGACACCUUGGCCCACGGGGCCUGGCUACACGCUCCCUGCGGUGUCAGGUCUGCCAGGCAAAGCCAUGGGCACAGCCAGGUGCCAGGGCUCCCCCGCCACCACUCCUCAGGCUAAAAGCCCCGAGUGCCCCCCUUCCGUUCCAGCUUGGGUAACGGACCACCACCACUCAUAUUAUGCUGACAGCAGCACACAAGGACCUACCACGCCACUGCUGUGCAAUGGUGCCAUCGCCCUAAGGCACCUCAGGAACCAGCACACCUCUGCUGAUGCUGUGAUGAAGGAGAAACCAUUAUUUAACAUCACUAUUUAGUAUUAGUUAAGCAUUAUUUAACUCAUUAUUUAAUAUUAUUUAAGCAUCAUGUUUCUCUGUGGCAGAGGACUGACAAAGAACCGCUGUGGUCACACAUUUACCCCCCAGCACAUACCUGGACAUUUAAACUCCUAGGUGUUCUGGCUAAACCGAUGUUCCACAAAGGCAAUCCUGUUAAAUCAGUUAACUGGAGCUGCUCUGACCGGCUCUCCCCCUGCUAUUGCUGCAGCUUUGUUCACUGCCCCAACAUAACCAGCUC